CCUGCCGCUGCGAAGGAUUUCGAGGACAGGCUAGGCUUGUUUGUUUCACGCUUCAGCGUUGGAGCGAGUGUCGAUUGUCGUCUGUCUACAUAUUGGAUGCAGACAUAUAUGAUCAACAGCUGCCGUUGAUUGUCUUUUUCACUGAUUCACUCUAGAGCGGCUGCUCAUUCACAUAUACACUCUAUACCUAUACAACCAUCGAACCAGAGUGUAUAGUGUAUAAGUGGUGUAUACAACCACAACUCUCCUCCAUCCACCACCGCCAUAAUGGACGAAAAAGAAGCCAUCGCCGCCCCCAUGGGCAUCGAAACGCCCUCGUCCGAAAAGGAAACGGCCGUCAACACGUCCGACUCGGAAUCGGCCCAGCCAUCCACGCCCACGCCCGCGUCGUCAGACCCCGUCCGCUCCAUCACCGGCCUGCGCUGGCUGCUCGUCUGCUUCGCCCUCUACGUCGGCACCUUCGUCUACGGCCUCGACACCACCAUUGCCGCCGACGUGCAGGGCGCCGUCGUCGAGCGCUUCGGCCACGUCGAGCAGCUGGCCUGGAUCGGCGCGGGCUUCCCGCUGGGGUCCGUCGUCGUCAUCACGCUCUGGGGCAAGCUGUACGGCACCUUCAACAUGAAGUGGAACUUUGCCGUGGCCAUGGUGCUGUUCCAGGUGGGCUCUGCGCUGUGCGGCGCUGCACCGACGAUGACGGCGCUGAUAGUUGGGCGAGUUAUCGCUGGAGCGGGCGGCGCGGGCAUCUUCAUGGGCACGCUGCAGUACUUCACGGCGCUGUCGCUGCCCAAGGAGCGCGGCACGUAUCUCUCGGGCACGGCCUUCUGGUGGGGAAUCGGCGCCGUGCUGGGCCCGCUGGUGGGCGGCGGCUUCACGCAGAGCAGCGCGACGUGGCGCUGGGCCUUUUACAUCAACCUGGUGCUGGGCGGCGUCUUUGCGCCCGUCUACGUCUUCUGCCUGCCCGACGUGCACCCCGUCACGGACCGCACCAUCCUGCAGCGCGUCAAGACGUUCGACUACCUGGGCCUGCUGCUGGGCGCCGCGGCGUGGGUGACGUACACGAUGGGCUUCACCAUGGCCGGCGGCCAGUGGCCCUGGAACGACGGGCGCACCAUUGCCACGAUUGUCGUCUUCGGCGUGCUGACGGUGCUGUACCUGUCGCAGCAGACCUUUUGCUGGUUCACGACGCUGGAGAACCGCUCGCUGCCGGUGCACCUGUUCCGGUCGCGCACGCAGAUCCUGCUGGCCAUCUCGACGCUCAGCAACAUCGCCUCGCUCUUCGUCAUGACCUACUUCAUCCCCAUCUACUUCCAGUUCGUCCACGGCGACUCGGCCGUCGACGCCGCCGUGCGCCUGCUGCCGCUGGUCAUUGUCACCGUCAGCUUCAACCUGGCGUCGGGCCACUUCCUGUCGCGCAUCCAGUACUACAUGCCCAUGUACGUCGUCUCGGGCGUGCUCGUGUCGCUGGGCUCGGCCCUGCUGACGGCGUACCUCGACCCGGACACGCCCAAGAGCUACAUCUACGGCUUCACCGUCCUCACCGGCGUCGGCACCGGCCUGACGAUCCAGAUUGGCUUCACCGUCGCCACGCUCGUGUGCGACCCCAAGGACCAGGGCAACGCCCUCUCCAUCCAGAACAUUGCCCAGGUCGGCGGCCAGGCCGUGUGGCUCGUCAUUGCCGGCCAGGUCUUCCACAGCACCGCCGUCAAGAACCUGACCGAAGUGCUCGCCGGCACCAGCUUUACCCAGGCCGACAUCCAGGCUGCCAUUGCCGGCGCCCAGAGCGUCAUCUUUGAGGAAAUUACCGGCGACCUCAGGACCCAGGCCAUCUUGGCAAUCACAAAGGCCAUGCAGCGCGUCUUUAUUUGUAUCUGUGCCGGAGGCGGUGGCAUCAUUGUCACCGGCCUGUUGAUGAAGCGCGAGAAGCUGUUUGGCGAGAUUAUCGUGCAUGGCGGCUAAGAAAAGGGGGGCGAGUAAUGAAGCAGAAAGAAGAAGAAAAGGCUUAUAAAGGAUAUAAUUGUAUGAAUGAGAUUCAAGGCAUAAAUGAUGUAUAGACAAGAUGGCAGUCUGUUGAUUUCCCCCUCAUUAUUAAAAUAGGCAUAAUAGACGGCAAUUCUUUGUUUAGAACUGGAAUAAACAUGUUAGAUUCUUUCCAUCAUCAUUUGCCGGUUGUAAUUAGACUGAAAGCAUUAGCAUGGCAUAUGCCUUACCCAUAGACAAGUCACUGUCAAGACUUGCAUCAACAAAUCAUCACGCAACCUCACGUAAAGCACGGCGUCACCCGGUUCCGCCCAAUAAUCACAUCGUAAAGCGCAAACGGCUCCAUCGGCGCCUCCCUCAGAUCCUGCUGCGUCCACGCAUCCGGCACCAUGCGCUUCACCAGCGUCAUCGAUCCCAGCGGCCUCCGCUUCACCGAGCUCUCCAGCACCUGCAUCAUGCGCGAGCGCUGCUCCUCCGUCCGCGACUCCAGCCCAAUGAUGAACAGCGGCCACGGCCGGUCGCAGUACUCAAUCUCGUUGAGAAUCCGAAACGCCUGGUCCAUGGCGCUGGCGAGGCAUUUGGACGUUUCGGGCUCGCCCUUUGCCAUGCGCACGAGGUAGAUUGUGGCGGCGAGGCGGAAGAGCUCGGC